AUGACCAACACCUCGAGGACAGGUAGGACGCUAAGGAACCGAACGGUAGCAGGAACAUGCAUGCAAGAAGGAGUAACAGACUCACGAAAGGAGAGAAAUCGUCAGCGUCUACUCGAGGAGAACCCGACACAUGCAAUAGGAAUGUCGACUGUCAACGAGGAGAUCCAGCUAGGUCAAGAUGAUGACCUCACUCUUCUGGAACGUAUCGAGCCCAGUCAGAGGAGACCCGAGAAUACGAUUGACGUCCUGACAGCAUCAGACACUGAGGACAUACUAAUGAUUCAACAGGACCGCAGGAGAGCUAGAAAACGGGCAACACCAGGAGCACCACCUGUCAACCAGCCAUUGGCACCACCUGUUGCACCACCAGAACCACCGCCCAUUGCACCUCCAGCCGUACCUCCGACUGUAACAGCAAACCACCCGAAUGGUCAUUAA